GACGGGGCGGGAGGUGCGGCGAAUCAGCGCAGCGGCAGACAUUGCACGGCCCGGACUGUCACCUCCCAUCGGUCGAGCUGUCAUUUGACAGCGGCACACAUGAACAUCGGCGCUGCGGACUCGGAGCUGACCCGCGGACGGUGGACACCAUAACGUCGCUUCUGCCGCUCGGUGUUGUCGUGUCGAGCAGGGCACGGACAUGACAGGCUACGCCCCUGUCAUCUCCACGGACUAACCACAAAGGCGUAGGAGGACCUCGCGGGCGGCGCUAGCAGCAGCAGCGGCGGCGGCGGCGCUGGCUUAGCUCUCGGGCUAACGGUAGAGACGCGCGGCGGUGAGCGGCGGAGCCUGCGUCUGCCUCGUGCCGUCAUAUGGCCAGCGAAGGUCGGGGAGGGACUGUAGCUGUUCGCCUGCUUCUCCGCUUAGCAUCACCCGUUCGUCCUUUUUAAUCCUUUCUCUUCUUUAGUGUGGGGGGGUUAGACACUAGCUUGUUCUCACGGGACAUUUUUACGCUUCCUCCCGUUGUCGGUGUUUUUCUUUAACCCCCUUUUUUUUUUAUUAUUAUUAUUUUUUUAAAUUUUAACCGUUGGCGGUUUGCUACCCGGUCUAGCUAGCGAUGCUAACGGCAGCUCGGUGAGCAGCUUCCAGACGAGUCGAGGAAGGAAGAGCGUUGAUGUGGGCUGGAAGGGGAGGCGGAGGACAGGGUUUUAGGCGCAGGAGAGCAGCGUCGUUAGCUUAAAGGUCUCAUCCUCCCUUGGGAUAGAGCCCGAGCUAACGCCAAAAAAAAAAAAAAAAGAAAAACUCGGCCCAUUCGGUUCGUCAGGCGGCUAAAUGAACGGCGUUAACGCCGCCGCGUCGUGAGGCCACGGUGCCAGCUUUCCGAGAGGAGACGCUCUUCUAAGACACACCGCCAUCCAUCGCGCAGACUGCAGCAGCCACCCAGCAGCCCCCGCUUGGAAACAUGGCCUCGGCGGCCAGCAUCGCCGCGUCUAUCGCGAGCAAAACCAAGACGAAGAAGAAACACUUCGUCGCCCAGAAGGUGAAGCUCUUCCGCGCCAGCGACCCGCUGCUCAGCGUGCUCAUGUGGGGAGUCAAUCACUCGAUAAACGAGCUGAGCCAUGUUCAGAUCCCCAUCAUGCUCAUGCCAGAUGACUUCAAGGCCUACUCUAAGAUUAAAGUGGACAACCACCUCUUUAACAAGGAGAACAUGCCGAGCCAUUUCAAAUUCAAGGAGUACUGCCCACUUGUGUUUCGAAACCUCAGGGAGAGGUUUGGUAUCGACGAUCAGGACUUCUCGAACUCUCUGACUCGCAGCGCUCCCUUGAACAGUGAGGCCCAGGGUCGCAGCGGGGCCCGCUUUCAUACGUCUUACGAUAAGCGCUACGUCAUCAAGACCAUCAGCAGUGAGGACGUGGCAGAGAUGCAUAACAUUUUAAAGAAAUACCAUCAGUUCAUUGUGGAGUGCCAUGGCAACACCCUGCUGCCUCAGUUUCUGGGGAUGUACCGUCUCACGGUGGAUGGAGACGAGACCUACAUGAUUGUUACCCGCAACGUCUUCUCCCACCGCCUUUCCGUCUACAAAAAAUAUGAUCUGAAGGGUUCCACAGUGGCAAGAGAGGCCAGUGACAAGGAGAAGCAGCCACCCCCACCAGAGGAUGUGCCCCAGCGGCAAAAAUCUGGUAACGUUCAGCAAAGGCUGCAAACACUGCGGAUUGCCACACGCUUUUACUGUGCCAUGAAACACGUAAGAGAUGCGAAGGAACUGCCCACCUACAAGGACAACGACUUCAUCAACGACGGGCAGAAGAUUUACAUCGACGGGGAGAACAAGAAACUGUUCCUGGAGAAGCUCAGGAAAGACGUGGAGUUCUUGGCCCAGUUGAAGCUCAUGGAUUACAGUCUGCUCGUGGGGAUCCACGACGUCGAGCGAGCCGAGCAGGAGGAGGUGGAGAGCGAGGACAACGAGGCGGAGGAGGAGGGCGAGAGCGACGGCGGGGUCAUCGGCACACCCCCCGACAGUCCCAGCAACACCCUAGACAGCACCAAGCCACUGUCACCCGGAGAGUUCGAUCCCACCAUUGACGUCUACGCCAUCAAAAGCAAUGAUGGUGCUCCCAGAAAGGAGGUUUACUUCAUGGCCAUCAUAGACAUCCUGCAGCAUUACGACGCCAAAAAGAAAGCUGCCCACGCCGCCAAAACGGUCAAGCAUGGGGCUGGAGCAGAGAUCUCCACGGUGAACCCAGAGCAAUACUCCAAGAGAUUUUAUGAUUUCAUCACCACCAUCCUGUCAUAGCCCCCCAGAGCGACGAGAGCACCGAGGCACACGGGAAAGAGAGGGAAGGUGGGAGGGGAGCGGAGGGGAGGGGGGGGGGGGGGCAGAGGCUGCAAUAACGAGGUGCCGUGGUGGCUUUGUGUCCCUCUCCCUUCGUUCCGUCGGCGGUCGGCUUCUCUCUCCUUCAGCGGGGCGCCGUCUGUCUGCGGCUAAACAAAACAUCGUUUGUUUACAUUUAACCUCUCCUGUCGAGUUCUGUUUUCACCUGUAACUUUUGGAUGAUGAGGUUGUUUUAAAGCAAAGUGUCCAAGUCAUUUCACACCAGGAGUUCUUGUUUGUAGUCUUUGAUGUCGGCCUGUGGCGCUUUUUUAUGACUAUUAUUAUUAUUAUUAUUAUUAUUAUUAUUAUUACCCGUAGACCCACAUCCAGCACCUGCUUGUUUUUGUCCUAUUGUGACGUGAUGAUCGCUGUUUCCCUCAUAUCGUUCGGUGCGAGGCUGGAUUUCUAAAAAGCCGCUCUCGACGCGAAUGUUGAGCCUUGCCUGACCCAGUCGCUUCGUUCCAAGAAGUAGGAAGCAGUCUUCCAAGAGGCCAACGACCAAAGCCGCCCCUAAAAGGCUGCCCGCGCACCCAGCCGUACACAGCUGCCUCCUUCAUCGCUCAUCUUCCCCUUCUUGUUUACACAGCUUCUCAUUAGCUAAGUCAUAUGAUGGCCGUUUACGCCUCACUGUAUCUCUUUUUUUUUUUUAGCUCCUUUGUGAUGCACAGUAAUUUAAAAAGCAAAAGGGAAGACAGAAUAGCUCCAAAAACGAGCAGAAAAGAGUCCUUUUAGAUUUAGUUGUUGUGGGAGAGAUCGCAGUUUCUGUUUCUGCUGCAGAGGACGGCCCAGAAGUAACGAGCAGUGACGUCUCACAGCGAGUCACUGCUCGUUAAAGACAAAACUUUAAUAUUCACAGCAAAUCACCCCAAGUAAUUAGUUUUUUCCGUUGCCACCAGCACCUUAUGAGUAAAACCCAAACUGUUGCACUUUCAUUCUUCGUCAGGACCUUUUAUUCUGUUACACGCGCAGCAGCAGGAGAAACAGAGCUCGGUCGUUUCAGAACUGAAACCCACCCCACACACACACACACACACACACACACACACACACACACACACACACACACACACAGCACCUCACCCGUCUCUCCUUCUCCUUUACACGGGUCGGUUCGGAAGAAUUUGCUGCAAUAUUUGAGGUGUGGAGAGGAUUUUAGUUUAGUUUUUUUUCUAAAGUCACCUUUCUAAUCGUGUAGGAGGCGCUCUGUGGUGUGUCGCAGCAGUGCUGCCCUAAAAGGCGGUUUACCUCCAGCAUCUUAUCAGUGUUCAGAAAAUUGGGGGAGGAAGGAGAUCAGGAGGAGCAGCUGCGAUUUGGUUUUUGUCUAACAGCAACAUUCUCUAACCUCGUUUGUGACUCUGGUGUUUUUGGGUGUUUUUUUUAUUCUCACUAUUUUUUUUUAUCAUCUAUUUUUGAAUUGGGUGAUUAUUUUUUAUGAGUUUUUUUUUUUUUUUUUGUAUAUUUUGCACAAGAGGAAAGGAACCAAAUGUUACAAAUACGACCCCAAUUAGUGGAAAACGGUCUUAACAAGGGAAAUGCAAUAUACUCGUGUGUGACGUCGCUUCGCCGGCAACUAAAACAGGUCCGCUCGUUCUUUCUGACUCAUGCAAAAAGCUUCCAACGUCAGGUCUGUUUAAAUGUCAUAGAUUAUGUUGACGUUUCUAUUUUUACAUUGGAUUUUACUCUCCAAAUACAGAGGAAAGAGGAGCCACUCUGUGGAAUAAGUGUUGGUGCUGCGGUGAUGAAGAAUUACUUGUUUUUUGUUUUUGUUUUUUUGAAUUUUUACAAGUUCUAAUUGUAAGUUAAAAAAUAAAAAUAAAAACACAAAAAAAAAACCUGCAUGUCACAGGACUGAGUUUCCUUUCCUCUCUUUAAGCUGUCGUUGGGUCUGUUUUCCCUGUGCCCCUCCGCCCCAAACCACAUUAAAUAGUCCCUUCUGUUGCUUAUUAAUUAACUGUUUUCAUUGUAUACACUGUGCAAAAUGUGUGCCUUUAUACUCCAAAUUAUUUAAUUUUAUAUUUUGUAAUCUUUUUUUUUUUUAAAGACAAGUGUAAAGGGUUAUUUUAUUAACAGUGUGUUGACUUUGAUGUAUUAUUAUUUUUGUUGUGUGCAACCUUUCCCUCCAUUCAGCACCUGCUAAUACACUCAGUCCGUGUAAUGAAACAGUUUAAAUAAUCGUUUUCUAUCCAACGAUGUAAACAAAAAAAACAACAAAAAAAAGUGAAUAUUUGAAUUUAGUGGGUUUGUUCGAAGUCUGUAAGCGUAAAUCUGUGUUUCCUUUCUGCUCAUGCUGAAGGUGGUGUCUGCUCACAUUUUAAACCCCACUUUGUUUCCUGCUGGUCCUGCCUUUAAGAGAGAGAGUAUGUGUGUGUGAGAGAGCAUCGUGGAGUGUGUGUUUGUGUGUUUUAUCUCCUCUUCCACCAACCACAGAUGCAGUCGCGUUACUUCCCCUUUGUCUCUCUUCUGAGUUUUCAUCCUCGAAGCACCUGCUUGAUAUCAAAGAGUCAGGUGUCGCUUAUCAGCGUGCUCCAUCUCUGUAAACGGGUCGUCUUCACGCGCAGUAGGAACAGUGCGUGCCGCGCGCCGCUUGGCUCUGGUUUGAGUCUUGGCGCGAGGGAAGAAAGCUGAUAACAACCCUCCUCCAUGCUGCUGCUGCUGCUGGAGCUAACCUGCAUCGGCUCCGGGCCGCCAGUCGACCCGCUGCCACCGCUUAGCACACCAAAAGCACCUCUCAGCGGUCCUACCUGUGAGCUUAAGAACAUUGUGUUUGUUUUAGUAAAAUGCGUGUCUCUUGAAAUUAAAUGUUUUUUUCUUUCUUUUCUGUGGUAAAUGGAGUGAGGUGUGCAGUGACCGUGUCCAGAGUCACGGGUGGGAACGGCUCAGGGCUAGGCAUCGUCUGCAGACGUGGGGCAGCUUUAUUUGCCUUUUUUUAAGUUGAAGAAGGUAGAAAACUCUGUGGUGGACGCCGUUGUUUUUGUUUUUUUGUUGUUUUUUUCCUCCUCCGAGCGCUCUAAAUGUCGGCAUGCAGCAUCCCUGCAGAGCGAGCCUCGGUGUCAGCCUGCUGUGACGCCCUCAGACCCGGCGUUGCUUUAGGCGUUUGCUGCUCGUGCGUGUGAGAGCGUGUGCAUGUUUGUGUUUCCUUGCAGUGCCAGAGAGGUCAAGAUGUAAUUGUAUGUUUGUUUAUUCAUAAAUGACAAGUACACUCCAUUCCAUAAAGCAUUCACUCCAAAUGAUUAAAGCACUUGUUCUGCCUAA